CGGGGAGGGGAGGGGAAAGCCGCUCAUCAUGUUUAGGGGCGAGGGGAGUCUCCCUGCCCGGGCACCCGGUGCGCGGCCCCGGCUGCGGCGGUCUCCGCCUCUGGGAAGGUAGGACGCGGCCGCAGUGCUCCCCAGGGAGGCCUCAACGAGCUCCCCUCCCCCGCAUCCCCCGGGGCUGCCGGGGCGGGGAUUCCCUCUUCGGAGGAGCUGAGCCGGGGGGUCGUAGCGGCCCGGGGGCGGCGGAUAAGGGUCCCCGGGGCGGCGGGGGUCGCUCUGGAGGAGACCCCCCGGGGAGGGAGGGCCCCGGGCGAGCGCUCCGCGGCGGGCAGGAGCCGCCAGGCGUCCCCGGGGCCGGGCUCGGUGCAGUAGGUGUGUGCGCUGCCCUCCCCGCGGCACAGAGCUCCUUCACAGCCGCAUUAACGCCCGGGCAGCCUCGGCAAGCCGGUUGGAUUUUCCCCAUCUUACAGCACCUCGCAGGUCUCUUCUCUGAGCAGUACGUUGCCUGAGUGAGUGGAAACAUACAGAUCAGCUGCAGGUUUCUGUCUACAAAAACAGAGUGAAAGAGAAAGAAAAGGGUUGGGAAAGCAGAGACAAAUAUUGACCUGGACUUAUAGAAAGACAUCCAAUGGCUGAAUAAAGAACCCCUGUUCAUGUUUUGGGAUAUUCUUUCAACUGGCUGGAACGAGAGCGGAUCAAAAGAAUGGGAAAUGCCAGCAGACCCUUUAGAAGAAUUGCUUAUUUCUUAUGCCUUUUAUCUGUGCUUUUGCUGACUGAAGGGAAGAAACCAGUGAAGCCAAAAUGUCCUGCCUGGUGUACUUGUACCAAAGAUAAUGCUUUAUGUGAAAAUGCCAGAUCUAUUCCUCGCAGCGUUCCGCCUGAUGUUAUCUCACUAUCCUUUGUGAGAUCUGCUUUUACUAAAAUCCCAGAAGGGAGUUUUUUGCUCACACCAUCUCUGCAGCUUCUGUUGUUUACAUCGAACACUUUUGAUGUUAUAAGUGAUGAUGCUUUCAUGGGCCUUCCUCAUCUAGAAUAUUUGUUCAUAGAGAACAACAGCAUUAAGUCAAUUUCAAGAAAUACUUUCAGAGGACUGAAAUCUUUAAUUCACCUGAGCCUCGCAAAUAAUAAUCUCCAAUCGCUUCCAAAAGACAUAUUCAAAGGCUUGGAUUCUUUAACAAAUGUAGAUCUUAGAGGCAAUGCAUUUAAUUGCGACUGCAAACUGAAAUGGUUAGUGGAAUGGCUGGGCAGCACCAAUGCAACAGUUGAAGACAUUUACUGUGAAAGCCCACCAGAAUAUAAGAAGCGCAAAAUCAAUAGCCUCUCUCCAAAAGAAUUCGAUUGCAUUAUUACAGAAUUUGAAGUUUAUCAGUCCCUGCCAUACCAAUCUCUGUCAGUAGAUACUUUCUCAUACAUGAAUGAUGAACACGUGGUUAUUGCUCAGCCUUUUACUGGAAAAUGCAUCUUUCUUGAAUGGGACCACGUAGAAGUGAUGUUCAGGAAUUAUGACAACAUUACAGGUACUUCAACUGUUGUGUGUAAACCUAUAGUUAUUGAGAGUCAGCUGUAUGUCAUUGUCGCACAGCUCUUUGGAGGCUCCCACAUAUAUAAAAGAGAUAUUUUUGCUAAUAAGUUUAUAAAAAUUCAAGAUAUUGAGAUCCUUAAAAUCCGAAAACCCAAUGACAUUGAAACUUUCAGGAUUGCUGAAGACUGGUAUUUUGUUGUUGCAGACAGUUCAAAAGCUGGUUUCACCACGGUUUACAAAUGGAAUGGGAAUGGAUUUUAUUCCCAUCAGUCUCUGCACGCCUGGUACAGAGAUACUGAUGUCGAGUAUCUUGAAAUAUCCGGCAAACCACAUUUAAUUCUGUCAAGUAGUUCCCAAAGACCUGUAAUAUAUCAAUGGAACAAAGGAACAAAUGAAUUUGUUAAGCGUUUUGAUAUCCAGGAUAUGGAAGAUGCAUAUGCAGUGAAACAUUUCAAAGUGAAAGAGGAUGUAUACAUUUGCUUAACAAGAUUUAUUGGGGACUCUAAAGUAAUGAAAUGGGGUGGUUCAGCAUUUCUGGAUUUACAAAGGAUGCCAUCCCGAGGGUCAAUGGUAUUCCAACCGCUUCAGAUAAGUAAUUAUCAAUAUGCCAUUCUUGGAAGUGAUUAUUCUUUCACUCAAGUCUAUUAUUGGGAUGCUGAAAAGGCAAAAUUUGUGAAGUUUCAAGAAUUAAACGUACAGGCACCAAGAUCUUUCAUACAUGUCUCCAUCGAUAAACGAGAUUUUCUCUUUGCUUCAAGUUUUAAGGGAACUACAUUGAUUUAUAAACAUGUCAUAGUUGACUUAAGCGCAUGACACUCAUAAUUCUGAGGUUACAUCAGACUUUCUACCAUAAGUGGACAAAAUGAACUAAAUGCAUGAUGACUCUCUUAUCUUACUUCCAGAUGAAUGCCUUUAAAAGUUGAGAUUGCUAGAACAAAGUAUUACUAGUAUCUUCAUCUUUAAUUGUCAAGUCUAGUGGUGUUGGAAGUUGCAUUUUUUAACAAAAAGAAAUUAAAUUAACUGUUCUUUGCAUCCACAAUAUGUAAAUAUGUGUGCAACUGCAUCUGUUGCUAUAAAGAAUAUUAAGAUGUACUUUUCCAUUUAUUUAUUCACCUGUUUGAAACAACUGCCAAAUAAAAUGUUUACAUUUUGUGUCUUUCACAUUCCAAAUAUUAUUUGCAGGUGAUACAUUUUAUUUGUGUAUAUAUUAUACACAUAUAAAAUAAACCCGAGAAGGCAUAUUGUCCAGUGCGGUCUCGUACUGCAUGGAAGAUGCUCGAUAUCAAAGAUCAGGUGGGUUUUACAUAAACCAAGAAGUUCUUCAUAAAAAUACAGCAUUGAACCCCAAUCCUAUAAAUUAGCACCUGGACAUAACCUUGCAUUUAUUUGAGGCUUCGCUGAUUUAAAAAGGACUCCACCCAGAAAAAAGCAUUCAGUUGUACAGAACCAGUUAUAGGAUGGGUCUUUGCACUGCGUACAGCUGGAAGCACCUGAUUUUCUGAAAGUUUACAAAGAAAUCAACAGAAUACAAAGCAAUGUAAAGGUCUGUCUUUCUCCACCUCAUGCUGAAGCAGCACAAAACAAACCCCUGGUAUGACACUGGGGCUGCUCCUGUGCUGAAAGGCAGAAGCACAGCUUAUUUUUCAGCUAGGAUCAUUUCUGUAUCUGAACUGUCGCACAUCACUUGCAUGAAUUCUGUGUGUCCCUGUCAAGUCUUUCUACUGUAACUGCAAUUAUUUAAUCCUCAAUGAAUUUAUUCAUUAGUGUGAAUGAAGCUAGUGGAUGUGAAGUCGUUUUAUUCCACUAUCCUGCAAUGCAGUUUAGUAACAGAUACUUCUGAAAUUCAGGGAACUUUGAAUGUGGCAGGACAGAUUCAGUUGGCGCAGCAUAUGCAACUCCAGGAAAGCUACCUGUAUCUGUUAAAUUACACCAAGUCUGACUUUGGCAUGAAAAUCUCAAAGUUAAAAUAGUCUUUUGUUUACAUACAUCUACUGCAUCACUUGUGAGAAACCUGUACUGCUGCUGGAGACCAUUCAGCUCAGGAAGAGAGCCCAAGUUGAUUUUAGACACCUUUGCACUUCACCUGAACUUACUGAGCCUUCUGCUCCAGUGCCAUCUUUAAAAUACACACAUGAAUACUGUGCAUGUUUAUACAAAUUUCCAACAUUUCUAACAUUCACAGGCGCUGAUUGGCAAACAUGACUUAUCACAGCAUCCCUGUCAGCUAAUCACACAGGCUAACUAAUGCAAGCUGGCUGCUUCCUGUACUCACAGAGACCCCAAAAACAGCAGAGCAUUAUGGUGUUGCUGAGAGCACCUGCAGCAGAAAAAUAAACAUUAAGAAGAAAGACAUAUAAUGUAUAUUUUAAGAAGCCAGUCCUAAACAGUAUGCUUCUGUAAUAAACAGGGUUUUUAAAUAUUAAAUGUUUUUUGAAAAUAAAAAAAAUAUCCCAUGUGAACAAUACUACUCUAAUAAAUUAAUUUUUCUGAUGCCUUUUCAUCCAUAGCUGCCUAUGCUCUGGUCAGUAUUUGCCUCAAUAACUCUAUUCCGUAAGUAUUUACAAUGUGACUAGAAAGACUUUAAACUAUGUUUCACAGCUGAGACCUCCAAAUUUUUUCUUAAUAAAUACAUUUCCGAAAAUCAUCUUGAUAAAUCAUCACUUGUUUGACAGGCUUCCUUUAUACAUUUUUAGCUUUUCUAUGAGCAUGAUUUCAAACCCCAGAUGAACCCAGAUAAUCUCUUAUUUCUCAGUGCUGGCUGCACAUCUGUGCUUGCCAACUCAGUUUGUCCAUCUCUUCUUCAAACCACCUUGCAUGGCAAAGGAACGAAACAGAAAGUCAUGAACCAAUCUCCAAUCUACCAGUAAAUCCUGAGGUGUUUUCUACCUCAUCCUGUCUUUUGUUUUGGUCUUUUACUUAAGGUUCUGUUGAAUUAUGUGCACUGAUUUUAAUCUGAUUUCUCCCAUUAUACUCACCUACAUGCACUCCCUACCAAAUUAUAUGGGUAAUGUCUAUGUAUUCUCAUUACGGACAUCUGGCUGAGUUUAAGUGGAGUUGGAUAACCUUGCUAAUCUGCUACCAACAUUUAUUUACAAACACUAUACCCCAAUGUAUUGCCUCUCAACUGUACCUUGAGAAGGUUAUGUUUCAUGGAAUUAUAUUUCAGAGCCAGCCAGCUACUUGCCCUAUGCUAUAGUUGUGCUAUGAUUCUUUCCUGAGUUAACUUAUUCUGAAAUAAUAUGACGGAUUUAUGGGAUUUCACUGUUAUUCCUGGCCUUAAAGGAAGAGUUUAAAAGCCUGCAAGGGUGUGAGUCACUAGAAUUUUACAUUCACAAUACCUGUAAAACUAGCCAUGGUACAGUGGAGGGUGGUAAGGGAUUAAUCUGCUGAAUUACGCAACCUUGUUAUCAGUUUGGUUGUUCCCUCAGGGAAUUUUACCUGUAGUCAAGCACUAAUUUGCGAAGUUCUUAAUACCUAUGUCACUUUUGGAGGUCAACUACUCACUAUAAAAUGCUGAGCCUAUAUCUGUUCUCUUUUGAAAAUCCAUUUCUCUAGUCAGUUUAUGUCAGGUGGAGAUUCACAGGGACUACAGCCAGUUUCUUAUUGUGCAAGUAUAGCAUUUCAUUGCACUACAUAAGGAACUGGGGUGUUUUUAGAACAGAACUCAUAAUCCUUAACGUAGAAGAGCAUAAAGGCUCAUUAGGUGGUUCCCUAUGCUGUUUCUUCCUAAUUUCAGAGACUGGGCAUUUUAACAGCUCCUCUCAGCAUAAGGCCAUAUUCCCUCCUGGUUCUCUGCUCAGUAUUCCUUCUGGUAUCAGUGGAAGUCCCAGACAAAAACUAAAAUAGAACCUGUUAUCAUAUAUACAUUGAUACUUUUUUAAAACGUUGUUUAAAAAAAUCCAUUUCUUUCAGCAAAGUCAAUGUUACUUGCGGCUGAUUGGUUGUCUUUUGCGGUUAUAAUGGAUUUUCUAAACUCCCUGAUCAUUUUGUUUGUGACGGACAGAGUAGGUAAAGUACUAAAAGUAUUCUAGAAGACAGUAUUGAAGGUUAUUAAUGGAUACUGCUGAUCCUUGAUGCUGCUUAGUCAUGUUAAUGUCUAAGACAUAGAAAACUGUCAAUGGAAUUGUAUUGUAUUCCUACAAAUACUUCACUAUAUUUUUAAUGGAGCACAAAUAUGAAAGAAUAUACACUUCUCUACUCUGGAAGGGAUAUAUAAAAUACGUUCAGAAUACUUGAUAUUACACCAUGUAUAGCUUCUUUUUCUUUGUAUGUUGUAUUGUCUAGGACUUGCAGGUUUUUUGUUUCUACUUAUUUUCCAUUGAAAAAAUAUUCCAAAAUUUACUCUUCCUUCUAAGGAGAAAAUUCAGUAAGGAAAGAUCUUGUUCUGUAAGGUAACAAAACAAACAGAAAUAGGGACAAAUUGUAUUAUUGGUUUAGAGUUGCAUUUCAAUUUUAAUGAUAACUUCUCUUAAUUUUCUUAUUUUAAUUUUUUUAACUUUAUUUGAAGGGGUGAUAACAGCCAUUCAAAGUACACUUGAGGAUGGGAAAUAAUUAUUAGCAUAGUUAAUAAUAUGUGUGAUAUGCUUUGAUAUGUUCUAGCGGGAAGCUAAAUGACUAACAGCUGUAUUUAUGUAUAUGAGCAUUACAAUAUAUUGUGUUAGUAUUCAAUGGAAAAUAAAGAAUAUUUAAACCACCAAAGUAACAAACAGUCCUCAGACUGUUGAUGAACACUACUGAUAAUAACACCGAGAGAAAGCAGAGAAGUCAGCAUGCCCAAAAUGUUACAACUAGGGAUAGAAUAUAAGCCCACAGCAAGU